UGAUGGUGUGUUUUAAUGUGAGCGAGUGUGACAGCGCUUAUGCUAUCUUAGUUUGGAUUUGUGAUUAAACAAUUCAAAAUGAAGUUCUCCUGCCCUCUGGUCUGUGAGCUCAUUUUGUCCUGCAUCUGCUUCAGAGGUUCAUAUGAGGAGCUGUCUGUGAUUCAGAGCCCAUUGAAUAUCACUGUGAAUGAAGGAGAAUCUAUUAAUAUCAGCUGCUGCUGGAAAAAUACAAAAGAAGAAAACAAAAAUGUUAAAGUAGUUUGGUAUAAGCAUAAUGAAAGAAUUCCAGAAGAAAAGCGGCUAUAUCAAAUGCCCUCAAAUAAAAACUGCUCCUUUCUGAAAAUCACAAAUACAGUUAAAAAUGACGCCGGAGAUUAUGUUUGUAAAGCGAUUCAGGACAUACCAGUUCUGAUUGAAUAUGAGGGACAAAAAACAUACCUGAAUGUUGUUAAAGGUGAACACAGUACUGAGGCAACAACUCAAAAUAUUGUUCAUACGGUUUCCAGCCCAACAACCAAAAAGCCAGCUGCAGUUGAUCAUCCGAAGAGAAAUCCAGAUGAUGCAAACUAUAAUUAUUUGGAACCUAAGGGUAGUUCGCAGGAGGCUGUGAUCAUUUAUAUUUUCAGAUGUCUGCCCUUCAUCUGUCUGUUGGUGGCAUUCUUUUACCUAAACAGGGACAACAAACAAGUCACAUCAUUAAGACCAGCAGUUGAGCAUGCUGUAGAGCUGGGAGAAGGACCAGAUGAAGACCUCGAGGCCGGAGAGACACAGAAGAAUGAAACUGAAGAGGUGAAACAUGGAGAGAAUAUUUCAGAACAGGAGAAAGGAAAGGGCAACAACGAGAAACCUGAAGUAACUGUUGCAACAGAAGAAGAAAAACCGACUGCUGUAGUUGUGAGCAUUGAACAAGGUGCAUCUCCAAUGCAUGACAACGAAAACAAGAGCCUUUCUUUUACGAACACCGAGGAAAAGACACAUCUAAUGCCUGAUGUUGAAGAAGGGACUGUUUCUGUGCUGGCCGACUUAGUUUCAGCUCUGUGAGACACACAGGAAAUGCAGUUAUGGUAUGCUGUUUGGGUCUGUGAUGUAACUUCCUGCAUGAUAGCAUGUUUGCAGACUCAUAAUGGUUUGAAUUCUGAAAGCAGGUGGAAUAAAGUAUGUUCAUGCA